AUCUUUAUAGGUAUACAAAUUUAAUAAAGAUACAUAAAUUAACGGUGAAUAUUUUGAGAUAAUUUAAUUUGUUUAAUAAUUUUUGUUUGUAAAAUUUACAAAAAAUAAUAGUGAUUUUUUUGAAUACUUAUUUUAUUUUUAAAACAAUGAAUUUAAAUAAAUAAGAAUUAUUUAAAAUUAACAGUGAAGUGCGAACAUAGAAGAAAGAGUUUUUAAACCUGUAGCUGACGGUUAUGUGAACAAAUGCAACAAAAAUAAAAGCAUUUAAAGUUUAUGUGAAGUGCAAAAUAUUUUCAACAUUUUUUUUUGAAAAAUUUUAAAUAAAAUAUUUUACUCAAUGAAAAAAUAUAUGAAAAUCAAGUGCAAUAUGAUUUUAUUAAAAUAAUAUUAAAUAAAAUAAAUUAAAAAAAAUAAAAACAAAACAGUUUGUUCUCUGCUGCCAAUAAAGAAAAAAAUAUCCUUCCAAAAGUGACCAUAAGAAUAAAAACGAAAACAAAUAGUGUGGUGAAUUGGUUUGUGUCUCGGCUUAAACUUUAAACUCCUCGCGAUCAAAAACCAAAUAAAACAAAAAAAAAACCUUAUUAACACAAAAACAAGUGUGAAAAAGAAUUAAAGUUUCUUUUUCUUAAAAAAAUUAAAUUCAUUAAAAAUUUUUCAACCCCAUUAAGUGUUUUUUAAAAAAGCCGCCAAAAUUCUUACCACAAGCAGUAUGAAUUCAUAUUUUGAGCAAUCUGGCUUUUAUGGCCACCCGCAUCAGGCGACGGGCAUGGGUAUGGGCUCAGCGGCCCAUCACGAUCAAACAGCAACAGCGGCAGCAGCCGCAUACAGAGGCUUUCCAUUAUCAUUGGGUAUGUCACCAUAUGCCAAUCAUCAUCUGCAACGUUCCACCCAAGAUUCACCCUACGAUGCCAGUAUAACGGCAGCCUGCAAUAAAAUCUAUGACGGAGCCUACAAACAAGACUGCCUUAAAGGUGUUAAUUCGAUUGGCGAUACAAAUGGCUAUAAGGAUAUAUGGAAUACAAGUGCGAAUGGCGGUGGAGGUGGUGCGGGUGGUGGCGGAGGUGGCGGUGGCAGUGGAUCCGCCGGCAAUGGCAGUGGUGCAGGCAGUGGAGCAGGACAAAAUAGCUCGAUACCAGUGCGACCAUCGGCGUGUACACCAGAUUCAAGAGUUGGCGGCUAUUUAGAUACGUCUGGUGGUAGUCCGGUUAGCCAUCGUGGUGGCGGGUCAGCAGCAAGUGCUGUUGCAGCGGGUAGUGCAUGGAAUGCGAAUUGUACAAUUUCGGGAGCUGCUGCUGCACAAACUGCAGCAAGUAGUUUACAUCAAGCUAGCAAUCACACAUUUUACCCAUGGAUGGCUAUAGCAGGUAAGAUCAACACCAUACAGCAAGAACUUCAUAACAGUUACAACGGUAAGAGAUAUUCAGAAUCUCUUGCGGGCUCAUUACUUCCAGACUGGUUAGGUACAAAUGGCCUCCGAAGACGCGGUAGACAAACCUAUACCCGCUAUCAAACCCUCGAAUUAGAAAAAGAAUUCCACACAAAUCACUAUCUCACCCGACGACGAAGAAUCGAAAUGGCACAUGCCCUCUGCCUAACAGAACGACAAAUUAAAAUCUGGUUCCAAAAUCGACGAAUGAAAUUGAAAAAAGAAAUUCAAGCAAUCAAAGAAUUAAACGAACAAGAAAAACAAGCGCAAGCACAAAAAGCAGCGGCCGCAGCAGCAGCAGCGGCGCAAGCGCAAAUAUCGGAUCACAACUAGGAAAAAAUCUUUGUUUUUAAUUAUAAGCAUAAUAAUAGUUAUUACGAUAAACAAUAAAAAAUAAUAAAACAAUUUUUAAUUUAGUAUUUAAUUUAGUGUUCUUUUUUUUUGCUUUUUCUUUUCUAAUUAUUUUUAAAUUUGUUUGUUUAUUGAUUUAUAAAAUAAAGAAAAAUAUGUAUAAAAUAUUUUUUUUUUCAAUUUUUAUUUAGUGGUUAAAAUAAUUUUUGAAAU